GGGGCCGGGCCCGCUCUCAGCGGGGAGCGCUGCCGGAGCCGCGCGGGCGGCAGGUACAGCCCGCUGAUGGAGGAGAGCAGGACAGGAUCCAGGCUGGCACCAAACCCAGUACCAUCCCCACUGCAAACAGCUACGGCAUCUGAGCACUGAGCCUCUGUGCCCGGGGUGAGGAGCCCCCCAGUAACAGGGGCUUUGGCUUCCAGCGUGCAAGGCACCUCACACAGAGUGGCUUUCAGCAGAGAGAAAGAAACGAGAAGACUAUUUGGAAACAUUCUGAAAAUAAAGACAGCAGCAUGAACCUGAAGAAGUACUUCAUUCGGGCGCUGCACCGCCUGCAGAAGGGCCCUGGCUACACCUACAAGGAGCUGCUGGUCUGGUACUGCGACAACACCAACACCCACGGCCCGAAGCGCAUCAUCAAAGAGGGGCCGAAGAAGAAAUUAAUCUGGUUCUUCCUAACGCUGCUCUUUGCAUCUCUGGUCUUCUGGCAGUGGGGUAUCCUCAUCAACACCUACCUCUCCUAUAACGUCACGUCAUCUCUCUCUAUUGGCUUUAAGACCAUGAAGUUCCCAGCAGUCACGGUCUGCAAUGCCAACCCUUUCAAAUACUCAGAGGUGAAGCAUCUGCUGAAAGAACUGGACAGGCUCAUUGAAGCAGCACUGGAGAGGAUCCUGCAGCCUGCGCCGUGGAACAGCAGCGAGAACACCUCCCCACCACUCGACCUGGAGCUCUGGCACCAGAUACCCCUGGUCCUUAUCGAUGAGCACGACAAAGACAACCCCAUCAUCCUGGACAUCUUUGAGAGUAACCAGACCUCUGCGGGCAACCAAACCUCUGCAGGAAAUCAAACCGCUGAGGGCAAUGAAACCUCUGCGGGCAAUGAAACCUUUGCGGGCAACCAUACCACUGAGGGCAACCAAACCUCUGCAGGCAACCAAACGGCUGCUCCACCUGCCCCAGCCAACACGACGUCGGAAGAAAAGAAGUACAAGCUGGCGGUGAAGCUGUGCAGCCAUCAGGGCUCCGACAACUGCACCUACAGGAACUUCACCAGCGCGGCGCAGGCGGUGACCGAGUGGUACAUCCUGCAGUCCACGAGCAUCCUCUCCAAAGUCCCGCUGCAAGAGAGAAUCAAGAUGGGCUACCAGGCAGAGGACAUGAUCCUGGCGUGUCUCUAUGGGGCUGAACCCUGCAACUACAAGAAUUUCACUCAAAUCUACCACCCAGACCAUGGUAACUGCUACAUCUUUAACUGGGGCAUGGACGAAGAGGCUUUGAAUUCUUCCAACCCCGGAGCUGAGUUUGGGCUGAAGUUAAUUCUGGACAUCAGCCAGCAAGACUAUAUCCCCUACCUGUCAUCCGCUGCCGGGGCCAGGCUCAUGCUGCAUCAACAGAAGAGCUUCCCCUUCCUUAAGGAUCAGGGCAUCUAUGCAAUGGCCGGGACGGAAACCUCCAUCGGCGUGUUAGUGGAUGAACUGGAACGGAUGGGUUAUCCCUACAGUGACUGCACCAUGAACGGGUCUGACGUCCCUGUAAAAAAUCUCUAUAGCCAGUAUAAUACUUCCUAUUCCAUACAGGCUUGCCUGCGCUCUUGUUUCCAAAAUCACAUGAUUGAAAUCUGUGGAUGUGGUCACUAUAUGUUUCCUUUACCUGAAGGGGUAAAUUAUUGCAAUAACGAAGAUAACCCAGGUUGGGCAUAUUGCUAUUCAUCACUGAGAUCAAGUAUAAGGCACAGACAGAUUUGUAUUGACUCUUGUAAGGAAACGUGCAACGACACGCAGUAUAAGAUGACCAUCUCCAUGGCAGACUGGCCGUCUGAAGCUUCGGAGGACUGGAUUUUCCAUAUUCUGUCUUAUGAAAGGGAUAUGUCAACAAAUGUGACUCUGGACAGAAACGGGAUCAUCAAGCUGAACAUUUACUUCCAGGAGUACAACUACCGCACCAUCUCAGAGUCUGCCGCCACGACGAUCGUUUGGCUGCUGUCAAGCCUGGGAGGCCAGUUCGGGUUCUGGAUGGGAGGCUCGGUGCUGUGCCUCAUCGAGUUUGGGGAAAUCAUCAUCGACUCGCUGUGGAUCACCAUUAUUAACGUGAUCAGCUGGUGCAAAGGCCUGAAGCAGAAGCGGGCGCAGGCGCGGUACCCAGACGCCCCCCCAACGGUGUCGGAGCUGGUGGAGGCUCACACCAACCUGGGCUUCCAGCACGAGGACGCAGGUGCCCUCCCCAGGGACGAGGCGCUGCCCCCCGAGCCCGGCACACCCCCGCCCAACUACGACUCACUGCGCAUGCAGCCCCUCGACGUCCUCGGUCCCGACAGCGACGCAGAAACCGAGUGAGCAGCGUGCCCCAUCACCUCCCAACAGCCGCCGGCGGCAGGCUGCCAUCGCCGUGCUCAAUCUGCCGUUUGCUGAGCACUCUUCUACUCUAUCGAAAUUAGGAAGGAACUACAAAGCCCCGGCUGUGCUCCCCUCCCCCACGUAAAGCGUUCACUGUGAAGAAGCUCUGUGUAAUAAACCCUGUAAUAAAUCUCAUAGAGUCAG